AUGCCGAAUGAUAUUGAUAAUGCGCAGGUUCGACUCGUAGAGGAGUAUCUCGAACCAGAGCCGGCAAAGAUCAGCCCUGGAGAGUAUGUCAGGACUCGAAUCUCGACUCUGCGACCGCCGAUGAGCAAGGUCGCAAAUCCAUUCACUCUUCUAGCAAGCUUGAACCGCACCCAAUGGCUCUUCUUUCUAUGCGCAUUCUCAAGCUGGACAUGGGACGCCUUUGACUUCUUCACUGUCAGUUUGACUGUCCAACCACUGGCCAAACAAUUCGGCAAAACGAAUGCCCAAAUAACCUGGGGAAUGACACUCGUUCUUAUGCUGCGCUCCGUUGGCGCCGUCAUCUUCGGUCUCCUGUCCGACAGAUAUGGCCGUAAAUGGCCAUUCAUCAUCAACAACCUCCUAUUCGUUGUUCUCGAACUCGGCACAGGUUUCACCUCCACCUACGGUUCUUUCUUAGCAUGUCGUGCUCUUUUCGGAAUAGCGAUGGGAGGCCUGUAUGGGAAUGCUGCAGCAACUGCGCUCGAAGAUGCUCCAUCUGAAGCGAGAGGAGUUCUCUCGGGGAUUUUUCAGGCCGGUUAUGCCUUUGGAUACCUUCUUGCUACGGCGUUUUCGAGAGGACUGGUGAAUACUACGGUAUAUGGGUGGAGACCUCUGUUUUGGUUCGGCGCAUGUCCACCGGUAUUGAUCAUCGUGUUUCGAUUGUGCUUGCCAGAGACGACGGCAUAUCGUGAACGGGCAGCAAUCCGGAACUCGACGCACCAUGCCACCAAGACGUUUUUAGAAGAGGGUCGACUUGCAUUGAAGAACCAUUGGCUGAUGUUCGUAUAUAUGGUGCUCUUCAUGUCGGGCUUCAGUUUUAUGGGCCACGGAUCCCAAGACCUCUACCCCACUCUCCUCACGAACCAAUUCGGAUUCUCUCCCGACGCUCUCACCGUAACCCAAGUGGUCGCCAAUCUCGGCUCCAUCACCGGCUGUAUAACCGCAGGUCACGUUUCCGAAAUUUUCGGUCGUCGGCUUACCGUGAUCGUUUAUUGUGUUGUUGGUAGUGCGCUGAUCUAUCCCUAUACAUACGUCUCCACCACUGCAGUCAUGGCUUCAGCCUUCUUCCUCCAAUUCUGCAUCCAAGGUGCAUUCGGAGUUGUACCGUCGCACUUGACGGAGCUAUCGCCUGGUUCGCUUCGCACGUUCAUGGUUGGAACGAGUUACCAGUUGGGAAAUUUGGUGUCGGCUGCGAGCUCGACAAUUGAGGCGACGAUGGGGGAACGGUAUCCCCUGCCACCAACGAAGAAAGGAGUGAAGCGGUAUAAUUAUGGCCUUGUGAUUUGCAUCUUUCUGGCCUGUUCCGUUGGUUUCACGUUAAUUCUUACGUUGAUUGGGCCGGAGAGGAAGGAUGUGAGUCUGAAAGUGUUGCAUCCGCCAGAGAUUGAAGGCCAUUCUGGACAUAAAGAGAAGAAUGUGGGAGACGUGGGGGCAAAAGAAAGUGUUUGA